AUGGACAUGCUAAAAUAUAAGUCCAAACUCCAACCAGUAUUCACGGAACCUCAAAGGAGCCCGAAUAAAGGGACCAGUCCUACCAUUCGUGCUUCCUACGAGCGCGACAUAAAGCAAGGCGCCGCGUACACAAGCUGUCUAACAUGGGACGAUCUAAGAGGGAAAAGCGACCCAUCGGACUGCGGUGCCGAGGCGGCGACACGACGCACGACAGACACACAGCGCACAACGCACAAGGCACGAGAUCAGAGCACAACGCACGAGAUCAGAGCAAGGGGCGCAUCGAUAACGAGAUCGGAGCACAAGGCACAAGAGAGCACCAAUACCGUUUUACUGUGGCCGCCGCGAGAACGCACCGGGCAACACGCGAACACGCUACGCGCAGACUGGCCGGCCGACGCUGGCGCAGCCGCCGCGCCGCGCCGACACCGCCAGUGGUGGGACGCCUCCAUCGCCGCCCACCCCGAUUGCGCAAGUGGGUUACGCAACCCGCGGGUGCCCUACACUCGAGCCUUUCCAACGGUGUGGCAACGGCACGCGAUGCGA